UUUUGCAUUAUCUACAAUAUAAGUUAGAAUCCUUAUCCAAGGUUGAACAUAAUCCAUUGCCUCAUCAAUCUCUCCAAGGUUGGUGUCAGUAUACCCCACUGCCCUCACCGAGAACCAGGGAGAAGCAGCCGCCGCUGCCUAAUGUUUAGGAAUUUCCACUGGUUUUCUGCACACAACACGUAUUGGUUACAUAUCCAAGGAAAAGAGUUACUAUUUCAAGCAUAAAGGAAACCACAGGUUGGACUUAAAUCCAUGACGGAGGAGGAGGACACUACCAAACGAUGUGAUGGCACCAAUCCAACAACCGAGUCUUGUUCCCAUUCCAAAAGCCAUGGAUUGCUUUGGGUGGUGGGCAAUACUGGUUAGUGGUUAAGCUUGGAUCGAUGUGCUGCUGCCACAGAAAUUAUUCAUGGAUUAAAGCUCAAGGAAGGGGAUUCUUCUGGAGCAGAGAGCUUCCCUGGCCCUUCAAGCAUGUCGGAUCACGAGCUCUCGGCGCGCACAAACAUCUUUGGGCUCCGCCUGUGGGUCGUAAUCAGCAUCUGCGCCGGUACGGGGUUCCUCGUCCUCUUCCUUCUCUCUCUCUGCCUCAGCCUCAUGCGCAAGAAUGCCUCCUCCCGGCGGACCACCGCCACCAUCCCCGUUACAUCCAAAGAAAUCCAAGAAGUUCGCGUCGAUCCUUCUCAGACCUCCGGCGUUGUUACAUCUCCUCGAUCCGUCAAACAGAAGGAAGAUGAGAGCCCAGUCGUUGUCCAGAAAGCUCGUGUCGCCUCCCCUGAGCGUGGCAAAAGUGAGGGAGGCGGCUCGCCGCUCGGUAACCGUCCCACGGACCAGGCUGCCGCCGUCCCGGCGGAGGUGUCCCGCCUGGGGUGGGGGCUGUGGUUCACUCUCAGGGAGCUUGAGGUGGCCACCGACAACUUUUCCGACGAGAAUGUGAUCGGAGAAGGCGGAUACGGAACCGUCUACCACGGCAUCUUGGAAGACGGCACUCAGAUUGCAGUGAAGAACUUGCUGAACAACAAGGGGCAGGCAGAGAAGGAAUUCAAGGUCGAAGUCGAAGCCAUCGGCCGCGCCCGCCACAAGAAUCUAGUGAGGUUACUGGGAUACUGCGUGGAAGGUGCUCAAAGGAUGCUUGUCUAUGAAUACCUGGACAACGGGAACCUCGAACAGUGGCUCCAUGGAGAUGUUGGACCAAGCAGCCCUCUUACCUGGGACAUCCGGAUGAACAUCAUGCUUGGAACAGCAAAAGGGCUACUGUACUUGCAUGAAGGACUUGAACCCAAAGUAGUUCAUCGCGACAUUAAAUCGAGCAACAUCCUGCUCGACAAGCACUGGACUCCCAAGCUCUCUGAUUUUGGCCUUGCGAAGCUGUUAGGCACAGGAAGAAACUAUGUCACGACACGCGUGAUGGGAACUUUUGGUUAUGUGGCUCCUGAGUAUGCCAGUACUGGUAUGUUGAAUGAGACGAGUGAUGUUUAUAGCUUUGGGAUACUUAUCAUGGAGAUCAUAUCUGGUCGUAGGCCAGUCGAUUAUAGCAGGCCUCCUGGCGAGGUUAAUCUGAUAGAGUGGAUUAAGACCAUGGUCAGUAAUCGAAAUACUGACGAAGUCGUGGAUCCAAAGAUGGCUGAGAAACCUUUGUCGAGGACAUUAAAGAAGACACUUUUAGUCGCACUGCGAUGUGUGGAUCCUGAUUCGCAACAAAGGCCAAAGAUGGGGCAUGUAAUACACAUGCUUGAAGUUGAUGAUUUCCCCUACCAAGAUGAGCAUCGAGCAGGACGUAUCGGGCAACCAUAUUCCAACAGUCCUCAGUAUAAAGUAAGAUUAUCGGCAAGACAAGUCACUGAGCCUGGUGAAAACAGCACAAAAUCUGAAAUCUAGUCGACAAAGCAAGAAGACACACUUAAUUGUAAUGAUCCAGUCGAAAUGAUCUCUGAACAUAGGUUCUCAUCUAUGAUAAGGCUGAUCAUCCAUUCAAGAAGCAGCUCAGUGCAAAGGCGAUUUCGCCGAUGUCACUCCUCACUAUGUAAACAAGGUUUUGAGGUCAGUUUGCUUGUGUAAAGCUUGGUGCUUGAUGUGUUCUCCUGGAUUAGUAGUAAGCUCUGUUCUCUGAGGAAGGUCUGUUGUGUAUGUAUAUUGAUUGGUUUGAGGGGCUUAUUGAAUAGAACUGUCACAAGUUGAAUCUAAUGUGUGGAAUUCAGAUUGAUGUUCUCAUAACUAUGUGAAGUCUGUAUACAUAUAUGUAUCUCUUCUUCCAUCUGUAUCAGAUCUCAUGAUUCCAUGAGUUCA